UAGUAAUCUAAGGAGAGAGAGAGAGAGAGAGAGAGAGAGAGAAUGGCCAUCACUACACCACUUCUCAAACUUAUCGCCAUUUUCUUCAUUCUUUUCUCCCUCUUUGCUCCCCAAGCUUACUCGGAGUCGGACGACUGCAACUCGCAGUCGAACGACUCCUGCAAUGACAAGGAAAAAGCGUUGCCACUCAAGAUCAUAGCCAUUGCCACCAUCCUCAUCACGAGCAUGAUCGGCGUUUGCCUCCCUCUGUUCACCAAGAGAUUCCCGGCUCUACAGCCCGAUCGGAACCUCUUCGUGGUCAUCAAGGCCUUCGCGGCGGGCAUCAUCCUCGCCACCGGGUUCAUGCACGUCUUGCCAGACUCGUUCGACAUGUUGUGGUCGGAUUGCUUGAAGGAGAAUCCGUGGCACAAGUUCCCUUUCACUGGCUUUGUGGCCAUGUUAUCCGCUAUUGCCACUUUGAUGGUGGAUUCCUUGGCCACUGCUAUAUAUGGCAAGAAAAGUAAGGCCGGAAUAACUCCUGAUCAGGGUGAUGUAGCUGUUGAGGGAGACCAAGAGAUGGCUGUUGUCGGAGCUGGACAUUUUCAUGCACACCAUCAUGGAGUCGUAGUCAAGGAAGGAGCUCAGGAGACACAGCUUCUACGUUAUCGCGUUGUUGCCAUGGUAUUAGAACUUGGAAUCGUUGUUCACUCGGUUGUAAUCGGGCUUUCUCUUGGAGCCUCAAACAACACUUGCUCAAUAAAAGGUCUUAUUGCUGCCCUAUGUUUCCAUCAAAUGUUUGAAGGAAUGGGUCUCGGAGGUUGCAUUCUACAGGCAGAGUACAAGUUCCUAAAGAAGGCUAUCAUGGUGUUCUUCUUCUCCGUAACUACUCCAUUCGGCAUAGCUCUUGGAAUAGCCUUGUCCAGUACCUAUAAAGAGAACAGCCCGAGCGCGCUCAUCACCGUCGGAUUACUCAACGCUUCGUCGGCCGGGCUUCUGAUCUACAUGGCUCUGGUUGAUCUUCUCUCUGCAGAUUUUAUGGGGCCAAAGUUGCAAGGCAGCAUCAAACUGCAGGUCAAAUCAUACGUAGCGGUUCUUUUGGGUGCUGGUGGCAUGUCUUUGAUGGCAAAAUGGGCUUGAGAUCAUAUAAUUAAGCUGAUUAUUGUCUAAUAGACCGUGCAGUUAACGUAAUAAAAUAAUGUCGGUUUGCUUUGAAAGUCGUUACAAAUUUUAAAGUGCGAAGAAACAGAACAAAAAAUAAAAAUAAAA